AUGGCAGCGAUCAAAGCCCACCAGGAGCCUUGCCUUUCUUGGCGAUUCCAAGACGUACGAGAGAGCGAAUCACAUAAUACCACCCCCCCGUCACAACCGGACUUCCCACAGUGUCCUCUCUCCAGCUCCCUGACUAUUAAGUCUUUGCACCCAAAAUAUCGUCGCCUCCAGCCGCAGCCCACCGGCACCCAUCCCAUUGAAUCUCGCGGAGAGAAAAGAAACGACCAGGAAAAGCGAAGAGAAAUGAAAAAAGGCGAGCACACAAAUCAUCCCCCUUGCUCUGCCGCAGCUGAAGGAGAUACCCGUCACCUAUCGAGACCACAGAGAUGA